AUGACUCAGCUGGCCGACACCUUGCUGUCACAUCCCUUGCCGCGCAGCGAUGAUGGCAAGCUUGCCGUCCGUACCGAAUCGGAGAGCCCCAGCCGCAGCCGCAGCCCGGUCAAGUCUGAAAAGACACUCCCAAUCAGGAGCCGGGACAGUCGCCGGAUCGAUAGCAAUUCACCUGGAUGGUCUGAUGCGGAGAUCCGCCCUGUUCGAUCACUGUCGGCCCCGUCAAUGAUCUGGCAUGGCCAUCAUCCACACGAUUCGCACCAGCCAGAAAACCCUCGCCGAUUCCCGUCAGCUCCGGCACAGAAGCGCGAGACAAAGAGCUCUGGCGAGAUGGUUGAAUUCCAGCCGCUCAGUGCGACUGCCAGAAAUCACCUUGGACGGAUUCUGCAGGGUCAAUUUGGGAUGCAGGAGGAUGGACUGGACGAGCCAGUGCCGUCAUCGCCUGUGGGAAGGAGAAAGGUCAGGGAACCGGUGGAGUUGGCAGAGCUUUCAAAGAAGAAGGAUUUCAUUCAUCGACUCGUGGAAAACCAAUGUUUCGUGGGUGGUUUCAUGGUGCUUACGCUCUUCGCUCUCUUUGUGCCGGAUCUUGAUUUGCUUCUGGGCACCGUGGAGACCCAGCAGCUCCUAAGUGUGGUGAUGACCGUUGCUUGCUUCCUCUUCCUCGUUGAGAUCGUUGUGCAGUGCUUCGGGAAGAAAGGGUAUGUUUUUGGUGCAUACUUCUGGCUCGAUGUGAUCGCCUUGAUCUCGCUGCUGCCGGACACAUGGCUCUUCAAAGCCGUGUUUGAGUCCAACCAGGCCUUUGUUGCUGGGCGGUCCUCGCGUCUGGCGAGGCUGCUGCGUGUUGCCUCACGUUCCUCGAAGGCGACGAGACUGAAUCGGCUGACCCGCAUCGUCCGUGUGGCCGCUCUGAUGCCAAGGCUUGGCAAAGUUUGUUCCAAGCGUGCCAAAGUCAACGACACAAAUCGUGUCCUCGACAAGAAGUUGAGACGCGUCUUCAACUUUUUGGACAGCGAUAUGGAUGGGCUCGUCUCACGCGUCGCAGUGCCGAGCGUUGUGGCCGAGCUCAAGGCAGGAGAUGCGUCCGACGAGCAGGUCGCCCUUGUGAACCUCAUGAAGUCCAAGGUUGCGAGCACGCUUGGUGCCAUGAGACGUCUGGGCACGAAGGCGAACCGGUCAGAGCACGUUUCCGAGGGUGCCAGGUCGAAAGCAUCGCAGCGGCUGGAGUUUGACUUCGAGCCAGAAUCACCGAACCCAUCGCAAGCUACUUCCGGACCAGGUCCAUUGGAUGCGCUUCCAACGCCCUGUUGCAGCGAGAAUCAGAGCAUUCCGCCCAAGCCGGAAAGCAGCCAUGCCAGCCCUCGUCGGCGGUCACCUCUCAGCCGGGCGCACACAGUGCAGGCCAGGAUGAAGGUGAGUCUGGCAACGAGCACGGCAUCCCAGCUGACGAAGCAAACACCGGAUGAGGAGGAAGAGGAAAUUGGGCUUGUUGAUUUCCAAGCGUUCAAAGAGCUGAUGUUGGAAGACAAAUGGGUGGAAGAGAAGCUCCGCCGCUCCUGCGAGCAGCAGCUUAAGCAGGCGAGCAACAUGAAGAACCUUACCUCACGGCACGCAGAAUAUGUGGCCGUCCAGGUGGCGCUGGGUGUUCUGGCGCUUCUCUUCGUGCUCAACAUCAUCGAACCCACGGUUACCAACAACUCGGCACUUCGUGGCCUGGGUUUUUGCGACAAGUUGGUUCGAAAAGAGUUUCCCGACAUCACAGACAAUGCUGAAGUGCCUGAACUUGUCAAAGAACAGGUUGAGGUGUGGCUUCAUGCGAUGGAGAAGAGCAUCGGCACAAGAUCGCUGCUCUAUCUAGAUUUGGACAAGAAGGUGUACUGCGAUGAGAUCUCCUCAGGUGACUCUUGCUCUUCCGUUCAGUCCUUCAAAGGGCCUCGGCGUGUUCUGAACGACUUGGACGACGAAGUGAGGAACACCGGAAUCAGGCAAGUGGACCUGGUACUUCUGCGCUUUCCAGACUUCUCUGACAGUGAAGUCUCUGCAGAAGAGUUAGAGCUUCGGACAACUGCCAUUGCGGUGAUAUUUGACCGUGCCAGAACAUCGACAGAGGCAUGGAUGUCGCUGCUGACUACAGCCUCAGUCAUUGUCAUCAUCCUCGCCGGAAUUGUCUUGCUGACCAGGGAUUUGACUUUCCUCUCCCACCAUCUGCUGAGGCCUUUGCGUGAUCUUGCCGAUGACAUGGAAAGCAUCGCGCAGUUUGCCGGUGUUGGAAGCGAGGAAGAGGCUGGGGGGGAGCCCGAGACUAGCGAGGUGCUUCUCAUCAGGAGGACUUUCGACAACAUGAAGAAAGCUGUUCGGUCGUGGGGCAAGUACGUUCCGCUGCCGGUUGUGCAGCUGCUUCUGAGAGAUGGCGAGGAGGCCAAGCUCGAGGUCAGGGAACGGAAGGUGACCAUGUUCUUCUCUGACAUCGCGAACUUCACAACGAUAGUGGAGAGCAUCGAGCCGGCUGCCUGCCUGGUUCUUCUCAGCCGCUACUUCAAUGACAUGUCCAAGGUCAUCGACGAUCACAGCGGUGUUGUGCUGGAGUUCAUCGGUGAUGCGAUCCAGUGUAUCUACGGUGCACCUCUAGAAAACGAGCGCCAUCCCACUUUGGCGGUGGAGGCUGCCCUGCGCAUGCUCGGGGCCCUCCGGCGCAUCCGGGACUGGUGCCGCGAGCACCGCCUCCCUGAAGUGAACAUCAGGUCAUUUCAAGUGAGUAGGAAAGCUGUCGACGAGUCCUUGAGCUCGCACUUUAUAAUGCGGGAGUGCGACGCGUGGGAUGCUUUGGAUUCUUGCGCUACGGUGUUGAAGACUUUGGCAGCAUCUGUACUUCCAUUUUCCGCAUCUCCCCAGCGGUCAACUUUCAAGAUCGUGUCCUCAGCGUGUGAAGACGAGCUGGUCCUCUCUUGCGAUCCCGCAGAAGUGGUGGAUGCACACGGUUUAGAUAUGGUGGCUGUGGAGCUCUUGCGCGAAGCCAUGGAUGGACUGGCAGCAGCACACUUUGGUCGCCGUGAACAGGCGAGACUUGUGGUCUUGGGUUCUGCACUCCUGGCCGAGGCAGCAGCUUUGCGAAGGUCAGGCCUGUCAGUUUGGACGUUGCAAAGCGGCUUAAGGUGUGCUGGUUUAAUCGCGGAAGCAGCCAUAGAGAAAAUGCGUAUUGGCAUUCCGAGCUCAUGCAAGAUCCACAUUGCAGAGAACCACAUGGCCGCACUUGGAGACGAAGACGAUGUGAGCUGGUUCUUCACCGCCAUCGAAGAGCCACCUCAGACAGACGCCGAAGUGCACGUCGCGGCCGGCAAACAAGGCAACAGUCCAACAGGGUCCUCUGAUCUUAGUGCGAGCAUUGAGGUGAAUGACAUCUGCGCAGAGUUGUGUCGAAGGCACAAUGGCCCUGUUGAGAGCCAGCAUUGCUUUGUUUACGGACGUCAGAAGCUGGUGCGGCAGCCACAGAUGCGACUUUUCCGAGGCAUUGCUUGCCGCGUGCCGCAGUGUUAUGUGUCUUGCCCCAGUGGCAUGAUGCGCCAACUCACGAAUGCUAAGGAGAUGGCGAGUAUGAGAAAGCAGUUCUUGCGAAGUGUUUGCAUGGACGCAGACCUUGUCUCUGCAGCCUACGACUCUUGUGCCCCACCCCAGCGACGAACGAAAGAGCAAGUCUUUCAGAAUGCAGGCACUCUGUUGCUGUCUAGUUUUCGUGAACGACAGCAAGUGUCGGAGGCGAUUCGCAUGUUGGCAGAGCGCGGUACAGAGGCCUUGCUCGUCUCGGGAGAGGUCUCGGAUGCGGUUGCUGAGCUCUGCCGCAUUGAAGGCCUUCUCUUAGUCGGUGGCCUCCCUGCACGGCUACUCCAUGCAUUGGCAAAGGACCUCGAAGCCGAGGUCUUGCAUGGUUUACCAGCACUCGCUUCAGCAGACACACCCGAGUUACCUCCCUGGCAAGCGAAGCGUGCACUUCGAAUAGAGCUAGUAGACCGAGAAUGCUCACGAUGUGACUUCGUCUUCCCACUGCUGGGUUAUCGCCAGCCUCUCCUGCCACACCAGACCCACCAGAGCGGUGCAGCCGAGCUUGUGGAUCCCUUUUGGGAGCUUUGGGCGGCUGCUGACGGUGGCAUGCCGGCAGCCUCCGUAGUGCUUCUAGAGAGCAGCUGUGAGCCUCAGCUGCGGCAGCUUCAUGCAGAGCUUCACGAUACCUUCCUCCGGCAAUUGGGUUCCCAACCCGGCGGCAAAGUCGAUCGCAAUUGGAUAGUCAAGGCAGCGGAAGCUUUGGAGGAGUCUGCGGAAUCGGCAGACUUUCCUGCACUCAUGACGGCAAACGAGGAAGAACCUUCUGUUGCGCCGUGGCUGCAUCGGCAGGGAGACUUGACUGGCAACCAUGCGGCAUGCCAAGCUAUGGCAUCAGCGCUGCGACAGAUUGCAGCGACAGAAGCUGACUACUGCACGAAAUGCUGCGGCGAUGGUGCGGAAGAAGAUGUCAACCCGGAGCCUGAGACAGGCCACGCAGCUCUUGCGGUGCUGCAGCGAGGAACACGUUUGGUGGAAGUGAUUCUCUCGCUCGACGAAGCGCAGCUCUGGCCGAGCAGCAAAAAAGCCGGGGGCAUGGCGUGUGGAAUUCACACGGGCAAUGUGCUUGUUGGCAACAUGGGCUUCUCCUCCCGCAUGAAGUACGGCAUCGUGGGCGAAGAGUCCACCAUUGCAGGUAAGCUGGAGGAGAUGAACAAAACGUACAAGACGCGGAUACUGAUAUCGGACAGCACUUAUGAGAUGCUGGAUCCGAGUGAAUUCUUCAUUCGCCCCGUGGACUUCGUGAAUCUAAGACAGGUACAGGAGAAGUGCACGAGCGAACUUGUGCACGAGGUAAUGCCGAUGAAAACGAAAAAGCCAUCGAGCCCAUUAAAGCGAAUCAUCUCGCUGCAUGCAGAGGGAAUCUGUGAGUACAGGCGCAAGGAGUUUUCCAGCGCGGCACGCAAGUUUGAGCAGGUGAACACCAUCCUGGCUGAUUUUAAUGGGGAAGAUGACGUUCCAUCUUCUUUGAUGGCGAAGCGCUGCGCCACCUUGGCUGAAGUGCCGCCACCGAGCGAGUGGGAUGGCACUUGGGACUCGUAUGUGGAUUCCCUUCAUCUGUGA